CAAUAGGAAGAGGAUCAAAAGUACCCAGUGAUACACAGAAUGGACCAAGAAGACAUGGAUGGACAAGCAGACGCGGAAGGGCAGGAAGGCCAAGAAGCUUAUUUCAGUGCCCUUAGACAGCGUAUCUUCCUGUGGCCCCAAGGUUUGUUCUCCAAGAAAGAAGUAUCAUCAUUCUUCAGGAAGCAAAAGAUGGUCAGAGGCAGCUUGAUAUUUCUGGCUGUGUUCUCCUUCCUUGUGGUCCUCAUUGUCUAUUUCCAAAUGCUCAGCAAGGUAGCAGAUAUUCAGACUUCCAUCCAGACACUUAUGGAGACAACCCAUCCUAAAGCCCAGAUGCUGAGUACAUGUUUGGGAAAUGCCAGUGCCGAGAUCCAGAUGUUAAAAAAAGACUUAGGAAAUGCCAAUGCUCAGACCCAGAUGGCAAAGAGCCAUCUAAAGAAUGCCAGUGAUGAGAUCUGGGUAUUAAAAAAAGGUCUGGAAAAUGCCAAUGCUCAGACCCAGAUGGCAAAUAGCCAUCUAAAGAAUGCCAGUGAUGAGAUCAAAAGAUUAAAGAAAGAUCUGGAAAACACAAAUGCUUUAAAAGCUGAGGCCCAGAGGUUAAGAAGUGGUUUGGAGAAAGCCAAUGGAGAAAUCCAGAAGAUAAUGGGAAGUCUGGCAAACACCAACAGCCUAAAUGCUGAAGUCCAAGGCUUAAAAGAGCAACUGGAGAAUCUUACCACACCGCCGUACCAGCACGGCCAUCAGAGUUCCCUCCUGCAGCUGGUCAUCGAAGGCUGGAGCUUCCACAAGGGGAAGGCCUACUACUUUUCAGACACCAAAAAGACCUGGGAUGAAGCUGAGCAGUUCUGUGUGUCCUGGGACUCUCACCUGGCCUCAGUGACCUCAGAUGGAGAACAGGAAUUUCUGAGUAAGAGGACAAAUGGCGUUUAUUAUUGGAUUGGGCUGACUUACAAGGACACUGAAGGGAGCCUGGUACUGGGUGGAUGGGACUCCGUAUAAUGAGAGCGAAGCGUUUUGGAACAAGAACCAGCCAGACAACUGGCACUACGGGAAGGACCUGAGUGAAGACUGCGUCCAGACUCAGGUGAAGUGGAACGACAUGCUCUGUGACAAACCCUAUCCCUGGAUCUGUAAGAAGGUGCCAGAACUACCCGGGCAGCACCCAUAGCCGUGGCCAGGCUCAUCACCUGCCCCCCGGCCUCCCCUCACAGGGCUGCCAAUGGUGCAGGGAUGGUUCCGGGUCCUGCUUCUUCCAUCCUCACCUCGACCUCCUAGAACCAUCCCAGCACUGGACACUGAUCUCAAUCCUUCCCAUCCUUUGAGAUCCAGCUCAAGCCUGUUAUGUCCUGGAAAGGCUUCUUGGGCCAUUCCGGCCACCCUUGAACCCCAGGAGCUGUCAGUCAGCACCUCACAGGGCUUCCUAAUGCAGGCUGGCUCCGGCUUCUGGUCUCCUUAAUCCCCAGACAUCCUCUUGCUGGCCCCCUUUCCCCAGUCCAGCUGACAGAGCCACCGCCCCUCAGAGGGGGAUCUACCUGCAGCUCUGAGAUUUAUUCACCGUCAACCUAACUUUCCUCUCUCUUUUUUUUUUUUUUUUUGCGGGGCAAUGAGGGUUAAGUGACUUGCCCAGGGUCACACAGCUAGCAUAUAACUUUCAAACUAAAAUCCCUUCAGGCGGCCACCACUGCCCUAGGAGGGUGACCUCUCCUUGUCAGGAUGUAGGGCUGUCUGCUCUUUUGGGCUGGGCACUCAGACUCCCUUAAUAAACGCGAUUCUUCGAUUCUGUA